UUAUCACGCAACUCUCUCUCUCUCUCUCUCUCUCUCUCUCUCUCUCUCUCGGGGACAUACAAAAUGCAGGUUUCAGGUGUUAUUGGCGACGUUUCGUUGGUGAUUCCCUCAGGCGGUGGUCUUAGCUGGCCAGAAUUCAGACACUUCCAUUCGCAUACGCUCUCUAACUCCAAGUCAUUUCUUUCUGGUGCUUUUUUCAGAAGCUGUCCUUCAUCUUGCAUCCCAAAGCUGGGAAACGGACUGCAUAAGCGCCGAGCAAGAGGGUUGAUUGUGAGAGCAUCAAAGGAUUCAAGUGAUAAUUUGGUGCCAGUUGCUCCUCUUCAAUUUGAAUCCCCCGCCGGCCAGCUUUUGGCCCAAAUAUUGCAAAAUCAUCCACAUCUACUAUCUGCAGCCAUUGAUCAGCAGCUUGAGAACCUUCAAAAAGAUAGAGAUGCCCAGAGAAAAGAAACUUCUGCUUCAUCUGAAGAUCCCCUCUACAAGCGAAUAGCUCAAAUCAAAGAGAAAGAAAGACGCAUGGCAUUGGAAGAGAUAAUAUACUGCUUGAUAGUGCAGAAAUUCAUAGAGAAUGAUAUUUCAAUGAUCCCGAAGAUAUCAGCGACCUCAGAUCCCACUGGAAGAGUGGAUUUCUGGCCAAUGCAAGAAAACAAACUAGAAUCUGUUCAUUCUCCUGAAGCAUUGGAGAUGAUACAGAGCCACUUAUCCCUUGUACUUGGAGAGCGACUUGUGGGCCCUCUUUCUUCGAUCGUUGAGAUUAGCAAAAUCAAACUUGGAAAGUUGUAUGCUGCUUCAAUAAUGUAUGGAUAUUUUCUCAAGAGAGUUGAUCAGCGGUUUCAGCUUGAGAGAACCAUGAACACCCUUCCUGAUGGUUUCACUCCAGAUGCAGCACCAGCAAACCAGUUAUGGGAUCCGGAUUCCUUGAUCCGGAUACCUCCAGACGGUGGUAGUGAUGGUGAUGGAGGUAGUUACAUGAACAAUGGUGACGACAAGUCGUAUCGACUGAGAUCCUAUGUGAUGUACUUGGAUGCAGAGACUCUCCAGAGAUACGCUACUAUAAGAUCAAAGGAAGCAAUUUCUUUGAUUGAAAAUCAGACACAAGCACUAUUUGGGAGACCUGACGUCAGGAUUACUGAUGAUGGUUCAAUCGAUGCCUCUAACGAUGAAGUGAUUGCGCUUACUUUCUCUGGAUUGACAAUGCUUGUCUUGGAAGCUGUUGCUUUCGGAUCAUUCCUAUGGGAUGCUGAAACCUACAUUGAAUCCAAUUAUCACUUUCUCAAAAGCUAAAUGUUUAUUUAUUUACGCCCGGAGGCGAGGCUGCUGCUUAUAUGUUUUAGAGUAUUGAGCCAUGGUGUAAUGAGUUUCCUGUAAAUAUAAUUGUUAGUCACCUCUUGUUACAAAAGUUACUGUCUAGAUGUGUCGCCAAUUUGACCUACUUUAUCCCAAAUGUAACUGCAGGAAAGAUGUAAAUAGUGAUGCACAUAUUACCUGGUGCUUGCUGGGCCUCGGGCGUGCGACUCGACACCACCAAUGUUGGUGAUUUCUAGUGUCUUCGUCAAAUUUUUAAGAUGGCAGCGAUUACACAAUCCGAGUAUACUAACAUGCUAUGUUGCACGGAUAUCAGUAUAAGUAUGAGAAUACGAUAUGGCAAUACGCCAAUUAUAAUAUUAUAUUUAAUUAAUUUUAGGCGACUUAGUUCUAAAAUA